AUGUACCGCCAGACUCUGAUCAAGAUCCCGUCUCAAGGCCUCUCCCGCCGCACAUUCUCAACGACCAUCCGCACCAUGUCAGCAGGCGACACCGGUGCGCCGAACAAGCUAGGCAGCUUAGGCGGCCAAGGAAAGCUGGAAUGGUGUCCCGAGAUGCCGGCAUCUCCUAGCUCGCUAGAGCAUAGAGAGAGCCCACCCGGAAGUCGAGGAUCUGAUGCUUUCCAGAAGCGCGAAAAGGCUAACGAGGAUUACUCGAUCCGCCAGCGCGAGAAGGAGAAGCUCCUUGAGUUGCGCAAGAAGCUCCGCGAGCAGCAGGACCACCUACAGAAGCUGUCCGACCACAUCGACGAGUUGACCAAGGAUCAAGGCGGCGAGCACAACUAG